AUGGCCCCCAUCACCAAGACCCUCGCCCUUGCUGGCGCCCUCUUCGCCGUCUCCGGCCUCGCUGCUCCCGUUGAGAAGCGCGCUGUCGUCUGGAAGACCGUCACCGACGUUGUCUGGACCACUGUCGAUGUGACUACCACUCUCUACCCCGGCCAGCCCACUGCCACUGUCGUACCGGUCGUGACGACUGCCCCUGCUGAGGCCACUCCGGCUGUCGUGGCCGCUUUGGUUCAGGCUCCCCAGAAGGAGGAGGCCACCACCAGCACCAGCACCUCCACCAGCACCACCUCCACCCCGGUUCCGGUCCCUGCUCCCACUGAGGAGGCCACCACUACUUCGGCCGCCCCCGUCGUCCAGGCCGCUGCGGAGACCAGCUCGUCCGCUGCCCCCGCUGCCACCGCUGCCACCUCGUCCACCCAGAGCUCCGGCUAUACCGGCUCCUGCUCCGAGUCCUCCCCCUGCGAUGGCCAGAUGACUUACUACGACACUGCCACCAGCAUGAGCAACCCCAGCUCCUGCGGCACCACCAACGACGGCGAGACCGAGUUCGUCCUCGCCCUGCCCCACGGCAUCAUGACUGACUCGGACUGCGGCAAGACGGUCACCAUUACCUAUGGCGGGGUCACCAAGUCCGGCACUGUCGUUGACAAGUGCAUGGGCUGCGACAACACCUCCGUCGAUCUGUCGCGCGCUUUCUUCGAGGCCUUCGCGUCCCUCGACGCUGGCCGCGUGUCUGGUGCCACUUGGUACAUCAACUAA